CCUGAGUGUCCCAUCGGUCCCCACUCGCGCAAGUUCCCUUGACCAGGAUCUCGUAUCGUCAAUUUGGUCAAUUCGUGCUUUUCUUGUAAAAAAACUUACUACACGAAAUCAACUAAGGCCUCAUUGGUCCUCUUCCUCUCCUUUUGCGAUUCCAUGAUGCUCAGGGAGUAAUCAUUACUGUCGCUGUAAUAUUUCGCAUACUCGGAUUCUUUCCAUGUCUUGACGUUUGCAUAUACAUCUUCUUUUCUUUUCCUUUUCUAGGCACAUCUGCCUAAUCUCUUCUCUUUCUCGCGAUGGGGGUCUUAUCUUUCUUUAGAAAUAUCUACGAUCUCGAUACCCUCGACACUCGCUUUACAAAUUCGUCAUCCACGCCUUAUAAAACCGUUGUAGAAUCACGUAAUGAUACUGCCGCGAGUAAAGAACGUGCUGCCAAGUGGAAUAGUCGGGCCCCGCCGUCAAAAUGGAACACACCCGAGUUCUAUUUUUACGGCAUUUUUCUCUGCUUUCUCAUACCUUACAUGUUCUGGGUAGCUUCCGAUGCUUCGAACCCGGCGGAUCCCAAAUACAAAAGAUAUGAAUACUUGCUCAUUCCAGGAUGGAUACCGGGACGUAAAAUCGAUGUCUCCGAUUCCCAGUAUCGCACAUUUCGAAAGAACAUUCCGUAUAUGGCCGCGCUCCUUACCUUCCACCCCCUUUUGCGCCGACUUUAUAAUACGAUCGUAUACCCGAUCAAAAUAACAGAACAAUCCGCGCGACCAACACCAGAAGAGGCGGAUCAAAGACUAAAUCAGCGAGCUUCGUACGACUUUGGCUUUGCGUUCAUAUACCUCAUCGCGCUACAUGGAGUUUCGUCUCUGAAGAUCCUUCUAAUACUCUAUGUGAACUACCAACUUGCAACAACUUUGCCUCGAAAAUAUAUACCUGCCGUAACAUGGAUUGGCAAUGUCGGCCUACUAUUCGCGAACGAGCUAUGCAAAGGGUACCGAUUCGGAGAUAUUGCUGUCACAAUUGUUGGGAACCCCGUUCACAACUCACUUCUCGACUCGGGCUCUGCGUUGGUAUCGUGGGGUAGAUGGCUUGAUAGCUACGGUGGUCUCAUGAGCCGAUGGGAGAUCCUCUUCAACAUCACCGUUUUGCGACUGAUUAGCUUCAACCUAGACUACUACUGGAGUCUAGAUCGCAGAAGCUAUAGUCCCGUCGAAAAACAAGUUGACCCUACCGCUUUGAGUGAACGAGACCGCGUAUCGAUCCCAGCGCAAGCAAAAGACUACUCCUUCCGAAAUUACGUCGCCUACACCAUCUACGCCCCUCUAUAUCUCACAGGCCCGAUCAUAACCUUCAACGACUUCAUCUCCCAACUCCGCUACAAGUCCGCGACCAUCGAGAUAUCCCGCACGAUCAAAUACGGAAUCCGCUUCGCCCUUACACUUCUCGCCAUGGAAAUAAUCCUACACUACGACUACGUACAAGCGAUUUCCAAAGCGAACCCAAUAUGGGGCGAUUACACAGCCGCGCAGCUCAGCCUCCUUAGUUUCUUCAAUUUACACCUAAUCUGGCUCAAGCUCCUCCUCCCCUGGCGUCUCUUCCGUCUCUGGUCCCUAAUCGACGGCGUCGACCCGCCCGAAAACAUGAUCCGCUGCGUCAGCGACAACUGGAGCACCCUCGCCUUCUGGCGUAGCUGGCAUCGGAGUUUCUACCGCUGGUCUCUACGCUAUAUAUACGUACCCCUCGGCGGAUCUAGUUUCCGCACCUCGCGCGACGCCGCGAGGUCGAUUCUUACCUACGUCUUAGUCUUCACAUUCGUCGCGCUAUGGCAUGAUAUCCAGAUGCGUCUUCUAAUAUGGGGUUGGCUUGUCGUAUUCUUCAUGUUGCCUGAAAUGGCGGCAGGCGCUAUAUUUCCGAAGCGCAAUUGGGAGAAUCGACCUACGGCGUAUCGCAUGAUCUGCUGCGUCGGCGCUGUGGCGAAUAUUUUUAUGAUGAUGACGGCGAAUUUGGUCGGGUUCGCAGUUGGUGUGGAUGGGCUGCAGAGGAUUGUUGCGGGGAUAUUUAGGGAUUUCUCUGGAUUCGUAUUUAUCUUGGGCGCUUGCUCGGCGUUCUUUGUGGGUGUGCAGGUCAUGUUUGAGAUUAGAGAGUCAGAGGCGAGGCGUGGUAUCAAUUUGAAAUGUUGAUAUCCGCGCAGUAUUCCUAUAUCCAACAAUUUAACACCCGAAAAGCAAGCGCAUUAGAGCAUGCCCUGUUACUAUACCAUAAACAUAGAUGGGAUAAACUG